UGAAGAAGUUCAUUAAGUCAUUACUACUGAGGUCUAUAGGAAUACACAAAUGACAUGUUGGCAGUUUUAACUAGUUUAAAAAAAAGAAAUGGUCUAAUGCUGCAGUAAGAAAGGUGUGAUCUCAUUUCUUCUGUGCGACAAUGACACCUGGCCACAAAGUUUCUGUAGUGGGAGUUACAACGUUGACUCCAAAUGGUGAGAGCACUUCCGGCCACAGUGUUCAUCUUCUACACAUCGACCAUGAUCCACACAUGCUACGUUAUAACUUUCUUGCAGCUGCUCUCCCUCACUGGGGCCUCUGAGAGUGGCAUAGUGGGCGGGAGGGUCGCGAAGCCUCAUUCCAGGCCCUACAUGGCAUCUCUCCAGUUUUACGAUCAACAUUUAUGUGGCGGAAUGCUGAUUCGGGAGGACUUUGUUUUAACAGCAGCACACUGCAAACAACCUCUGCCAUUGACGGUGGUACUUGGAGCACACGACAUAAGCAAGAAAGAGAAAAGUCAGCAACGGAUCCAAGUGACCAAGUACCACCAACACCCGAAAUUCACUGGAGAAUACGAUUACGAUAUCAUGUUGCUUGAGUUAAAAGACAACGCCACACUGACAAGGUAUGUGAAGGCCAUUGGACUACCUAAGAAAGAUGGAAAAAUCCCAGCCAACAUCAACUGUGCCGUCGCUGGCUGGGGCCAAACCGGUGUCAAUAAGCCAUCUUCCAAUGUACUGAAGGAGACCACGGAGGAAAUGCAAUUCAGCUUCGAGUGCCAAGCUUUAUGGAAAGAAUACUUCAAUUCUCAGCACAUGAUUUGCACCAAAUUUGACAAACGGAAGGGAGGGAUUUGCCAGGGGGAUUCCGGGGGACCUCUUAUCUGCAACAGUAAACCUCAGGGUAUAACAGCUUUUACCCUGAAAGGAGAUUGCAAUAAUCCCAAAUAUCCCCAUGUCUUCACUAAAGUCAAUUUCUUUCUCCCCUGGAUUAAGAAAGUAAUGAAGGGAUUGGGGAAUUUUGCAUGAGCCACUUUUCUGAGGCCAAAAAUAUUGUCCUUUCCUCACUUGCUUUUAGGCAAACAUUUUGAGAAUGAAUGGUCUUUGUUUUGAAAAAAAAUAAUAAAUGAAGUUGGUGCAAGUAAA